AUGGCACCGGCGGACUUUUCCCCGCCGGGGACGGCGUCGUAUACGUCUGACACCCUCAACGUCGGAGAUGGGACUUGGGAUUUCACCAAGAAUACCUUUUUGCUGCCGAACUUGCAGGGGCUCAACUUUGACACUAUGCAAUAUAAUGGCAUGGGCAACCGCUUCUCGACAGUCCAGCAGUACCAUACUCUCAUUCUGGCCCACGGCAUCCUCGCGACCAUGGCUUUUCUUUUUCUCGUGCCGGCCGCUGUCAUGACGGCACGCUUCUAUACAGGGCGCGCCGGCUUCGCUGUUAAAUAUCACGCAUAUUUGAACGUACUGGCGCUGGGCCUGGUCAUUGUUGUUUUUAUACUGGGUUGGUUCGCAGUUGGUCCUACCCGGAGCUUGACGAAUCCGCACCACGGGAUCGGGGUGGCCAUCCUCGUUCUGUUCAUCCUUCAGGCAUUCGGCGGUCGCCUUGUCAGUGGCAUCAGAGGCCGCUCGCUGCGCGUGACGGUUCACCAGUGGUCGGGCAGAGCCCUCGCUCUUCUAGGUAUCGUCCAGAUACCCCUGGGCCUGACCCUCUACGGAUCGCCAAAGUACUGUUUCAUCUUGUACGCACUCUGGAUGGCGGUUUUGCUCCUCACGUAUUUCAUCCUUAGCUACAAGGCGUCUGGCCGCCGCGAGGAGUAUUACCUCAGCGGAGCCCGAUCAGAUGCUGGCAGGAGUCGUGUGACCGAGAUCACCGAGACGGAUCGCACGGAGCGUACGGAUCGUACCGACCGGAGGUCAAGCGGGGGUGCAAUGAAAUGGCUGGGCCCGCUGGCUGCCGGCGCGGGCGCAUUCGCCCUAUUCAACAAGAGCAAGAAAGCCACCUCGCGCAGCCGAUCUCGAUCUCGUUCUCAAUCCCGAUCCCGCAUGCGGAGCCGCAGCCGAGCCCCGGAGGUGUUAUCAUCUAGGCGAGGAGGAUCUCCCAGCACCGGCUAUUUCGACGACGAGAAGUACAGCGAGAGGGUUGAUAGGAGGAAGGAGGAAAAAGGCGGAGGCUUCAUGACAAAAGUCCUGGGCGUCGGCGCAGCUCUUGGUGCUGGAGGUUUACUCGCCAAGAUGAUGAAGAAAAAAGAUAACCGCCGAGACGAGACCGAGUAUUCUGCAGUCUCAAGCGAGACUCCGACCCGCUACGGACGAGGAUCACGCAGGGGCGACACGGUAAUCAGCGAAUACACUGACUAUACUGACGCCACAUCAGUAAGGAGGGACGACGAUCGCAGACGCCCGAGGUCGCCACUGCUGCCUGGACCUGGAGGUCCCACCAUGGCGGCCGGGGCUCUGAGUGCGGCUGCCUCACGACCUGGUACCGCUGGUGGACGACCAAUCACGCCGCCACAGUCGCAUAGGAGGAACGCAAGACCAGACGACAGCCUGAUCUACUCGGAUUAUUCGUCGUAUCGCAGCGACAGUCCCUCAAGACGACUUCCACCGCCCAAGGAAAGCAGCGGAGGAGGAGUCGGGAAGGGCAUCCUGGCAGGCCUUGGCCUUGGCUGGUUUGCGAAAAAGAUGAAGGAUCGGAGAGACAGGAAGGAAGAGGACCGCAUGAGAAUGGAAGACGAGGAGAGGCGAGCAGGUCAGCGACCUGCCAGGUAUACUGGUGAUGGGUUCGACUCGCCCACGCGGAGACACUCUCGGCCACAGAUCAGGACUGCUGGAAGACCGGCACCGUCACAGCUUUCCGAGAUGACAAUGACUGAGUCUUCGAUUGAGCCUCGCCCACCUACGGGCUACGGAGCUGGAACAUCUGUCGCGCCGACACCAAUACCAGUCCCAAUGCCAGCGCCCGGUGGGGGUCCACCACCACCAGCAUCCGGCCCAUCCAGAUCGCGUUCGCGGUCGAGGCACGACGCAGAAUAUGUUUCGAUGCCGCCGAUGCCCCGCGAUCCGUACGACGAUUCACCAAGCGACCGCUCGCCCGGCCUCGAGCGCACGGCUUCGUCUAGGAGGCGUAGGGAAGGAGAGGCGGCUGCGCAAGCGGCACAAGCUAGCGCGAGUCGCCUAGCUUCGAGCGAAGAUCGUCGAUGGGGACGAGACUCGAGCGUUGCCGGGCAGCCUCGGGUCAGCGUCAAGGUCAAGGGUGACGAUCGAGGCAAUGUGACGUUGCGUCAGCUGACGCGCGAAGAAGCCUCGGCGGAGCGCAGGGAGCAGCGGAGGCGACAGCGCGAGGAUGACCUGAGCAGCUUGUCUGGAAACGACACACCGACCGGCGGCAGUGGCAGUAAGACUCGAUACCGACGCGACUCGGACAUUCGAAAAGCCGAGGCGGCGGCGGAGCAACGAGUGCGCGACGACCCUCUGGCCAUGCCCCCGGCCCCACCGUUCGCCGGAGGCAGGAGACCGGCGGGCAAGGACUCGGCAUACUUUUCGGGACAACCGGGGCCAGCUUCUGGUGGCGUAGGGAACUUGCCGGCGGCAGGACAUACGGUGUCUACGCUCGAGAGUGCCGAAAGCCACGGAACAUGGAGCCAAAUGUCGGGUGGGCCCGGAGGGCCACCAGGCGACCCUUCAGCGUCUGCUGCCGAGAGGAGAAGGAGGCGCAGGCUUGAGAGGAGAGAUCAGCGUCCAGGACAGGGAAGUCAGGUGGAAUUCAACUGA